AUGGCGCUCGUGGCGUUUGCGCCGCGCUUCGUCGGCCUGCCGCCGCACCUCAGCCCGACCUGCUGCUGGCCCGGGAGUCGCAGGCUGCGCGUGGCCGUGGUGCGGAAUCCGUUCAGGCGGUUGGCCUCGUUCUUCGCCAACGUGUGGCUGCCAAACCGCGGCCCAGGUCGCUCGCUUGGCACCUGGGCCGCCUUCGGCCCCUGGGUCGUGCAGCUCUGGCGGUGGAGGUCGGAGCGGCAGCGGCGCUGCCGGCUCGGCGGCACGGGUGCGCCGGGGAGCGAUGCGCGCGUGCUGCCUGGAGUGCCCCCCGCGGCCGAGUUCCUGAACGCCUGGUUCUGGCACCACCUGCGACCCCAGGUGGAGGCGAUCCGGUCGCCCCAGCUGCUCCCGGAAGCGGAGCUCUGCGAGAGCCUCGGCGGCGCCAACGGCUCGCGCGCGGGCGCCGCCCCGGGCGCCCCGCUGCACCUCCUGCGCGUCGAGGACCUCGGCGCGGACCUCGGGCGGCUGGAGCGGACCCUGUGCACGGAGUUUGCCCACUGCGCCCGCCUGCCGCCGUUCCCGCGCACCAACGAGGCGGGCGCCUCGGCGCCGGCGGCGCCGCCCGCGGCCGCGCUCUGGGGCGCCGCGGCGGUGCGCCACGCCGUGGACCUCUACCGCGCGGACUUCGACGGCCUCGGGUACGGCCGCGAGCCCAGCGAGGCGCGUCCGCUGCCGUCGGCCCCCAGCGUGCUGCGGCUGUGA